UAAAGAAAAAUUGAUAAUGUAAAUAAUGUUGCCAUAGUAUGAAAUUGAAAAACUGCUAUGAUAAUAGUUUUAUUUCUUUAAUGGGAACGAAAAAAAUGUGAGAAAAUGCACUCAGUUCUGCAAAAUGCAAAAUCUUUGGGAAAAAAAUAUAAAAUAAGAUGUUCAGAACCAACGAGAUUUCAUAAUGGUGUAAAAAUGGAUUCGGAGCCAUCUGAAAGUAAUCUAUUAAUAAUCACAAAAAGAGAUCGUUUGAAGUUAUUUAUCAAAUUGUAUUGGAGAUCAAUUGUUUUGAUUGCGACCCCAAUUAUACUGCUACCCGUAGCCUUUAUAGGUGUAAAUAAUGCUUAUAGAUGUUUCUAUAUAUUUCUUAUAAGUAUAGUUUAUUGGGUGACCGACGUUUUGCAUCCAAGUGCGACAUCCAUGGUUCCAAUUGGUUUUUAUUCUUUGAUUCAUAUGGCGAAAAAAGAGUACGUUACUCAGGCCUACAUAAAAAAUGAACUCCUUGAUUGUUUAGCUAUCAUGAUAAUCGGUGUGGCAAUAGAAUACAGUCAAAUAAAUAAACGUGUCGCGUUAAAGAUUUUAAUGCUAUUUGGCUGCUCACAUUACAGGCUGAGUUUUCUGCUGUUUUUUGGGACCAUGAUCUUAUCCAUGUUUGUUACGGACAUAUUAGCUUGUGGUCUCAUGAUGCCUCUAACCAAAUCUAUUCUUAUGGAACUAGAAAAUAUGGGAAUACUUGAAAUGUACGAAACGAUUGCUAAAGCUAAACAAAAAUCGGUUUAUCAUGAAGUAAAACAACUAAGACCUACAGAUUUCACAAUAUUUUAUUUCUUAGGGAUUGCAUAUUCGUCUUCAAUAGGGGGCAUGGCAUCUAUUAUUGGCAGUCACGUCAAUCAAAUCAUGAAAUCGUAUUUUGAACUCAUAUUUCCUUACGGACCAAAAAUAGAGUUUCCACAUUUCAUGCUCCUAAAUCUUCCAGGAGUUUUGUUGCAGGAGACUCUUUUAUAUUUAUGGAUGAAUUCUUAUUUCUUGGGAAUGUUCAGGGCAAAUAGUACGAUAGCUCUUGAAAUAGGGAUGAGCGAAGAGGAGGUAUCGUAUAUCAAGACAUUGUUGGCAAUCCAGUACCAGCAAUUGGGCAAGAUCAAAUUCCACGAGUUGAUUGUAGGCGCAGUAGUAAUAUUGACAAGUAUACUUCAAGUCAGCAUAAUCGCUUCUCAAUUUAGACAAACGGAUCAUAUUUCUUUACACAGCCACAUUAAAACAUCAGCACCGUGUCUUAUAGGCAUAAUUCUUCUCUUUGCAAUACCAACAAGACUAAACUUCUUGGACUUCUUUAAACACAGGAAUGAUUCAUCUGAACCAUUACCACAAUCUUCAAGUAAGGCUUGUCUGAAUUGGGGUCUAAUAAAAAGGGAUAUACAUUGGAGUAUUCUAUUUACUAUAGGUGGAAGUUGCUUUGUUUUUGAAGCGUUAAAGGACUCAUUCAUGACAGUGGAAUUCGAGAAAUUUCUUUUUAUAUUUAGUUCUUUGUAUCCAACGAUGUUUAUCCUAGUGGUUAUCAUAUUUUGCAAAAUUCUUACGGAGUUCGCAAGCAAUCCUUGUGUUGUUUACUGCUUAAUGCCGAGCAUUGCCAGAUUGGCUAUAAAAUCCAACAUAAAUCCCCAUUGUCUGAUGAUGGCUGCGUCUCUUUCUUGCGCUCUGCCGUUUCACCUCAUCACUGGAUCCCCUACGAAUGCUAUGGUGGCCGCUUACGUCCAUAUACGGCCUAGGAAAAUGAUGUACGCGGGAAUAGGCCCCUCCGUGUCUGGAAUCCUUAUAAUUUGGUUUACAGUGGUCGUGUGGGCUAAAGCUAUUUGGACAGACAUACUUCUGGAGCCGGAGUGGUCGAAACUCAAUACAUUUGACUCAUUAAACGAACAUUAUUAAAAUAUUCGGUGUUCCAUUUAUGCGUAAUCGAUUUUAAAUAGAUUAAUAAAAAUAAAACUAGCAACUAAUUAACACGUUUUAUUUCAAAUAACAAUUACAAACCUCUCCUAUUUACACCGAUUAUACAUUUGUGACAAUUUAUAGCAUACUAUCAGAAUGUUACAGAAAUAGUUAUCACUUGAUACGAAGGCAUCAUUUAGCUAUUUUACCUCAACAGAUGUAAGCUAAAAUGAACCGUAUUGGAAUAGACGAAGCAUUCUAAAUCGUUUGUAAUCAAACCCUGCAUGUGUUUCUUUGACACGGUAAAAUGUAUCGUAAUAAGAAGUAAAUUAUGUCGAAAACUGUGUGCAUAAGACCAUUAUUGUUCUGUAGUCAAUCCCUUAUUCGUAAAAUGUUAAAAACCUUUACAUUAAUAUAAUAUAAAACCAGUUACAUUAAUAUAAUAUAAAAUCAUUCAUCCAUGUCAAAUUAUGUAAAUUGAGAUUGGGACAAAACGAAAGCAUUUGCAAGUAAUAGAGGAUUUCACUUAAUUUUACAGAUUUAGCAUUUAUUUUACAAGGAUACACAUAAAACGUAUUUUCAAAAAUGGAAUAGAGAAAAACUGGCUGAUUAGCUCCAAAACCAUUUAAAUAAAGAAAAUAAGUUUAUUUUCCCGUUGUGACUGUUUCUUUAGGUAUAUAUAUAUAAAUCUUGGAAAUGCAGUGUUCACAUGUUAUUAAAGUAAUACUAUUAAACAUUGUAAAAAAACUACAGUAGAUGGCAUUCAAUUACUUUUUAUAAAUGUAAGUAGGUAUACAAAAUAUUUAUAGCUAGUUAUAUAUAUUUUUCAAAAGCAAAUAAUAAUAUCACUUUUCAAAAAUCACAAAAUGUAAGAUAUUGGUAACUUUGUAUUUUUUUUUUAUUGUUGCAUUAUCUUAUUACUCAUUAUUGUAAUGAAAGAAACUGUCCCGUAAAAAUAGUCAGAUUGUAAAAGUUAAAUUAAAUUCGUCUAUUAUUGAUCAGAUCCAAUGAAUAAAAUUUCACUUAAUGCAUUAAAACAGGAAGCCUAGGAACCUCUCAAUUAUUGAAAUAUUAAUAAUAAGGUUUAUGCAACAA